AUGUGUGCUCAACGAACAACACCUAGUAACAGUACUUCAAAACAUGGUCUCAUACUUCUUGGAAAUUCAGGUGUUGGUAAAUCAUUUAUUGGCAAUGUUGUUCUUGGUCGAGAUGUUUUUGAACAUGGCUGUAGCGCGUCAAGUGUAACACAUGAAACAGAAUUUGAAGAUUAUGCUGUUGGUAAUGCAUCGUAUGCUGUAUUUAAUAUUCCAGGUCUUAUCGAAGCUGAUCAAGAAGCUGUUGAUCGAAACAAAACAGAAAUUUACAAAGCAUUUCAACAACGACCUAACUCUAUCGUUGCUUUUGUUUUUACAGGUGGUUCUGGUGGCCGUAUUCGUGAUGAAGAUGUUGUCGCUUUCAAGGCUAUACAUGCUGCAUACAAUUUUCAACCUGAAUCAUUACUUUUGAUUGUUAAUGAUUUGCCUCUUAAUCGUUCACCUAAAUAUGAAGGUGAAACAACCAUCAGGUUAGAAGGUCUUGUGAAUAUUCCAAAUGUUCGCAUCUGUUUCUUGGAUCGAAUCACUAAGACAGAACUACGCAGUAGUGAACGCGUUGGAUCAGCUAACUCAAAUGCGAGCGAAAAGAAGCAUGGAGUAGAUAAAUUAGAAAAGAAGCUUCUAGGAGCAAAAAACCUUUUAAAACAGUAUGGUGCCUCAAUCGAAAAGCGGGCUCCAUCAUUGGGAAAAUUUUUACAUUCAUCAUCAGAGCAGACCGAACGAGAAAAAAUGCGCCAAAAAUUAAUCGAAGCAAUAAUUCAAUGUACACCUCAAGUUCACGAGAAACAUGGUGAGAUUCAAUUGA